CAAUAAAACCACUCAUACCUGUUCGACCUAUGUUUUAAGAACUAGUCAGCUUUGUAUAGAUUGGAAAUAUGAAGUUUGUAAUGGUUGUGUUGUUUAUUGCCUGUGUGGUGAGUGCACAAGACAAUACUGUAGUGGACGUGUUAAAAACGCUUGGAACCGAGAGCAAGCUACUAGAGCUGGUACAGAAGGCGAAAAUUGAUUCCAGGCUAGAGGGAAAGGGUCCCUUCACAGUGUUCGCACCAACAGACGAUGCCUUCGCCGCCCUUCCAGAGGACCUACUGGCCAAGCUUGAAUCCGACAAUCUUCUCCUAACACAGCUUUUGGAGUUCCACGUGGCUUCUAGCAAGGUCAUGUCAGAUGGGCUCAAAAACAACCAGCUGAUUCCAACGCUGAUUGGACUAAACAUCCGAAUCAACAUUUACAACACAAGCAAGCCAUCAGUGAUAACGGCAGAUGGCGCUGUUGUGAUAAGGCCAGAUAACAUUGCCAGUAACGGCGUCGUGCACGUCAUAGACCAAGUCAUGUGGCCUGUACCAACCGGAGAUAUCGUCAAAGGAAUCGCUUCGAAUAUCCAUCUGUCCACACUAGGUUCAGCAGUCUCUAAGGCAGGCCUGGUUGCAUCUCUUUCAGGUGACGGACCUUUCACCGUGUUCGCGCCCACCAACGAGGCUUUCUUCAAGCUGCCGGCAGGAGUUCUGGACGGUCUGCUGAAGAACGUGACGGCUCUGACUAACGUCCUGACGUACCACGUUCUCUCUAACGUCUACAACAACGUCGGUCUGUACUACUCACGUGAACUGAGAACCGUUCAGGGGAAAAACGUGACCAUCAAAGCUUCAUCACGUGAAUCCAUUAUGGUGAACAACGCUUCCGUUCUGAAGGAAAUGACAAAGACCAACGGCGUGCUACAGGUCGUUGACACCGUCCUCAUCCCUCCGAAUACGCACUUUGAGUUGGUCCAAAACAAGAAGGACAAAUAA